AUGGGAAGACUGAUCAAAAACCACUGGGCCCGCUUGAUCAUCCUCACCGCUGCAGCUUACCAAAUAGGCAGCGCCGUGGAGGGCUUCAUCUGGCCCAAGAUAUUCUGGGACUUCACCACAAAAAACCUGAAUGGCGCUGUAAAACCCACCCCGAUACUCCAAAUCCUCAACCUCAUAAUGGGCUUGCUCGGCAUCGCAUGGGAAUGGCCGUUGAACCUGCUCGCUGGGACCCUACCACACCGCAGCAUCGAAGUGCGACUCAUCAUGUACCCUCUGAGCGCUCUCCUCGCUGCUCUUCUCUACCAGGGGACGGAUCCUGCCAUCUACUAUCUGAUCGGGAUUGCAGUCUACUUCUGGGCGUACACCGAAGGCGAGCAAGGUUCUUCGUCAACAGCAGGCAUGGCGCCACCUGCUCCUGUUUCUGAGGACAUUUCUCAAGCAUAUCAAGAUGAAGCUGGCAUCCACGACGAACACGAUGUCCCCGUGAACAAGAAGACCACUUUCAACGGGAGACUGAACCAAUACUUUCAUACAUCCAAGAACGUCGCACCGACAAAGGACUCGUCGGCAGAGAUGGCCUCAGCACCGAAUCUCCUAACAGCAACAGUCAAGCGCAAAUCCGAGUCUCAAUCAGAAUCAGAACCACCCAGUGAUCCAUCCAGCAAUGACCCGACUCUUCAACCGUCCUUCAAACGACCACGAACCCUACGUUCAAGCCAAUCCUCAACCGUAACCACCAGCCUUACACCGCACAUCACCCGUUCCCGCUCCGCUUCUUCCACCACCACCUCGGCUGCCUCGCUACCUCCAUCAAGACCCGACUCCCCCCUCACACCCUCCACGACACCCGAAGAGACCUCCCGCCCUCGGUCCCUUCGCCGCCAACCCUCCACCCCAGCUACAUCCUCCAUCUGCCUCCUCCGCGACACCAUCCCGCCGAAUCUCACCUUACUGCUGGUAGGCGUAAACCCAGGCAUCAUGACCGGCACCACGGGCUUCGCCUACGCACACCCCUCCAACCUCUUCUGGAAACUCCUGCACUGGUCCGGCAUCACCCCCAUCCGCCACCCGCCCUCAGACACCUACCGCCUGCCGGAACUCUACAACAUCGGGAACACGAAUAUCGUCGAGCGUCCGACGCGGGACGCGAGCAUGCUCAGCAAGGCCGAGAUGAACGCCGGUGUCCCCGUGCUUGAGGCGAAGGUCGCGAAGCAGCGGCCCGAGGCGGUCUGUCUCGUGGGCAAGAGUAUCUGGGAGGCUGUGUGGCGGGUGCGGAAGGGGAGGGCGAUCCGCAAGGAGGAGUUCCGGUAUGGUUGGCAGGAUGAGGCGGAGAAUAUGGGGCGAUGCGAUGGCCCUGGUGGAUGGGCGGGGGCGCGGGUGUUUGUCGCUACGACGACGAGCGGUCUGGCUGCUGGGAUGAGUAUCGCAGAGAAACAGGCCGUGUGGAAUGAAUUGGGGAGCUGGGUUGUCAAGCGCCGUGAGGCUCUUGCAGACAAGCCGCCUAGCCAAUGA